AUGGGUUGCUGGGUCCCCUCAUGUCCUGGGCUUUGGGAAGGGGGUGGUAGGUUGUGUUUUAUCAUAGAACCCCCGAAUGGUUUGGGCUGGAAGGGACCUCAAAGCUCAUCUCAUUCUAACCCCUGGCAUGGACAGGGGCACCUUCCACUAUCCCAGGUUCUUCCAAGCCUUGUCUAACCUGGCCUUGGACACUUUGAGGGAUGGGGCAGCCACAGGGAUUGGAGCCAAGCAGAAACCAAAUGAAGAUUGUUUUGCUCCUUUUGGGAGACCUGGCAGCUCUGGGGAGCUGCUGGGGGCUCUCAGGUGUGAAUGCUGGGCUUGGGGGCCCAGUGGGGAUAAAACUGGCACCUCCUUGCUGGGACAAACACCGUGUUGGCUGCUCCAGCUGCUGUGAUUCCAUCAGUUCCUGGAGGCAGCUGGCAUUGCCCUGUGGAGGCCACACAUGUGGCAUUUCCCAGGCCUGUCGGGCUGUGCCACGUUUGCUUUCAUGGGGCUUUAUAAAGAGAAGCUGUGGGAGCUUCCCCUGCUCCUUCCCAGGGUUUGGUCCAGACUUUCCCCCCAGCACAGCUCUCGUUAUGGACGCCCUCAAUGUCUCCAUUGCUUUUUUUUUCCUGGUUGUUGGGAUGUGCCAGGCACUCAGGUGGCUUUCCAAGAGGCUCCUGUCUCCCAGAGCAUAUGGCUGCCUUGCCAGAGAACUUGCUGGGUCGUUACAGCUGUGCAUGAGCUGCCUGGAGCUGAGGAUGCUGAUGGACAUCGGCCCGUGGGGGGGUGGCUUCGGCCUGGACGUGAUCCUGACUCUUCUCUUCCUCCUCUUUGCUGUUCAUGGUGCCUCUUUUGACGGAGCAUCUGCCAACCCAACUGUCUGUGUCCAGGAGUUCCUGCUCCUCGACUCCAGCCUGGCAGCCACAGCUGCUAAGCUGCUGGCCCAGGGUGUGGGCACAGGGACAGGCUGGGCUGUCACCAAGCUCUUCUGGUCCUGGGAGCUGACACAGUUCCACUUCAUCCAGAACCUCAUCUCAUCGGAGUGCAGCUCCUCCAUCCACACCUCCCUGCUCCACGCUGCCCUCGUGGAAGGCACCUGCUCUUUCCUGUUCCACCUUGUCCUCCUCAAGUCACAGCAGAGUCACCCCAUCUACCAGGUCCCUGCGCGGGCAGCGACCGUCACCUUCCUGACCUACACAGCUGGAUCAUUCACAGGGGCCUUCUUCAACCCUGCCCUGGCCACAGCCACCACCUUCCACUGCUCGGGGAACAGCUUCUGGGACUAUGUCCAGGUGUACUGGCUGGGGCCUCUCGCAGGUGAGAUCUUCCCGGGGGCAGGGGCUGGGAUGGGGGGCAGUGGGCAAAGCAGAAAUGCCAGGUCUAACACAUGUCAGUCCUGUAAAGGGCUGAACUUGGGUCUUGGCAGUGGCAAGUGUUACUUUUCCUCCAGCUUCCUUCUCUCUGGAGUCUUCUCUUUGCUAUCUAAGUUUUUUAAUCUAAUUUCUGCACAGGACAUGGGCCAGAGGUUGGGGGAGAAUAAAGCAAAGGUGUUUUAGAGCAAUGAUAGGCUGAGCUGUGGUUGGGGGUUGUCCACAGCCUCAGGAUGAUCACGGGGAGCUGGAUAUGGGCUGCCUUGAAUGCAGGAGUGGGGACAACUCCCUGACAGGAGGGUGGAGCCAGAUAGGGGUUGGUCUCUUCUCCCAGGUAACAAGCAUCAGGACAAGAGGAAACGGCCUCAGGUUGUACCAGAGGAGGUUUAAGGGAAAGUUUCUUCCCUGAAAUUGUGGUCAGGCACUGGCAGAGCUGCCCAGGGCGGGGAUUGAGUUACCAUCUCUCGAGGGAUUUAAAAGCCAUGUGGAUGUGGCACCUGGGGACAUGGGUUAGUGAGGGUGGAAUGGUUGGAUUCAACAGUCUUGGAGGGCUUUGCCAACCGGAAUGAUUCGUGGCAAAAGACCACAGGGGUGGUCUGUGGCCUUUUUGGGUCCAAACAAGCUUAUUACAUCAAGGAAACGCUGGUUAAAUUCUCCUUAAAGCCAUACAGCAAAGGUCUGUCAGCUCUCAGUGAAGGCUUCGGUGUUGCUGAGCUGCCUUUUGGUCAUGGGGAUGGUUGCGGAGCUGGAAAUCACGGCUGAGCCGUGGGGAGGGUGGAGGUGCUCAGUGCAGGACACGGAAGGGUCUGUGCUCUCGUUCCAGGGAUGUUUGCUGCCCUCCUGCUGUACCAGGGCAACAUCCCACGGCUCUUCCAGAAAAACCUCCUCUACAGCCAGAAGAGCAAAUACAAGAUACCCAAGGUGAAGG